UCACUCACUCUUAUUUCCCUGUUUGCAGAGUGAGGACUGGAAGGGCAGCGGGCACUGAGCUGGACACUGACUGAACUCUCACCGGCCUUUUGUUCAGGAGCAAAAGAAUGCUUUACACUGAGCUACUGCGGUUAUGGGACGAGGCGGUGCAGGCAGCAGACGCCAAGGACUGGGAGGGAGCUCUGUCCAAACUGGAGCAGAUCAGUGAACCCAAUUCUCGCAUUAUGUUCAACACUGCCUCAGCUCACCUGGUCCUGGGACAGCUGGACCUGGCCCUGCAGGCCUUAGACCUCACAAUUGCCAAGGAUGAACGUCUUGCUGUUGGUUUCUUCCAGAGAGCAGCAGUGAUGAUGCAGAUCAACAGGCUGGAAGAGGCUCUGUCAGACUGUAUCUGGGCACAGAAGCAUAUGAGAGGAAACAUGGUCAUUGACUACAGACAGCUGGGACUGCGAUUCAAACUCUACAGCUGGCAGGUAUUAUAUAAUGCAGCAGCUGUGUACUGUCGGAUGGGCCAGUGGGAGCGGGCCAGGGAGGUCCUGCUGUCAGCCUCCCAGGAGAGAGGAGGAGGAGGGCGAGGGGGACAAUUAGAAGCAGCUAUGGACAGUGUCCUGAGGGGAGAGGUCCUGGCCCCUCUCCAGGUGCCCGAGAACGUGGUGUUUCGUCCCAGUAAACAAGAUGUGGAGCAGCUGAAGCAAAGAGACUUCCUGGGCAAAGCAAAGGUGAUUUCCUCCAUGAUUCCCAAUGAUGAUUUUGGAGGCUUUGAACCUCUGAGGAUGCAAAAACCUGGUUUCUAUGAGCCCAAGAUGGAUGGAGCUCAGGAGUCUCGAUACAUGCGCAUGCGGACCCCAUACAUGGCUCGAGGCGAGGGACAGCUGACUGUGCCAGGUGGGGCAAUGGUGUUCUUAUUUGGCGAUGAGGACAGGGAUGGGAUGGUAACUGUCAUAUAUGAUGGACAGAGAGGACUUCUGCCAGUGUCCCUGCUUGAGCCUGCAGAUGUCAAGACGUCCAAAGGCAAAAAGGAGAAUAGAGUUCCCAGUGGGAUACCUCUCCCACCGGGACUCAAGCCACCCACUCGGCCAAAGGCCCAGCCCAGCCCUGCUCCUCCUCGAGUACGUGUUACCUCAGACACUCCACCUCCAUCCUACACUACUGCCACCCACGCUCCACUGCCUGCCUCAGAGCCUCCCAAGUACACAGCCAACGCAGCCAGUGACCAGGAUGAUGGUGAAGCUCAGGGAGCAGAGGCAUCCUCUGUGGUGGUAAAAGUCCACUACACGUACACUGUGGCUCUGUCUGUCCCUCUGGACAUACCGCACAAUGAACUGAAGGAACGCAUUGCAAAGAAAUUGGGCCAGCCAGCAUCUCAGCUGCGCCUCAGACAUAGGCAGCAUGGCUCCCAGGUGCUGAUACCUCUGGGUGGGGAGGGGGAGCCAGGCCAUACCAUGCAAGAGGUAGCUGAGGCUGGCAGAGCCACCCUGUGGUGCCAGACAGAAGACCCCCUGGCCAACCGUCCCAUCCUCUAUCAGAUGGUGGCGCUCUAUGACUAUACUGCUCAGGGCUCAGAGGACCUGGAGUUCAGUGAGGGAGACACAAUCGACAUCCUGGGCGAAGUUAAUGAGGAGUGGCUGGAGGGACACAGCGCAGGAAAUAUUGGCAUCUUCCCCAGCUGCUUUGCCUACAGGGAGAACGUCAACAUCACCCAGAGCUCUGAGUUAUAAAGGCAGACGUGUUACUGUGCUGUCAUCUCUCAUAAACCUAUUAACCUGAGAAUGGUAGCAGUUCACAGCCUCAGAAUAAACAAGUAACACCAUUACAGUGUAAUCCCUAUUGACUUUUCAUGCUUUACAAAUAUUUCCUUUUCAUAUGGUAUUACAGUAAUGUUGCUAGGUGUACAUUUAUGAUACCGAGAUUGUAAUAUUAAACCUGCUGUACUUUUCCUGUUUUCAGUAUCCUAUGGUAUCACUGUAAUAUUCCCGCUGUAUCUUAUAAUAUUUAAAUGAUGGUUUACAUUGACAUUAUUGAGCUUUAUUAUAUUUUUAUCAAAUGUGGCACCAGCAGUAUGCUCUUGUAAUGUUUAUACGCAGUUAUAAUGGUCCUGGUCUUACUGUGUAAAAGUCACUGAUUAAAAAUGUUAUGCAAAAUUUACUGAAAUAAGAUACA